AUGCAGGCUCGUUCAAGUUUCUCUCUUCUCAUUUUCUUUCUUCUUCUUCUUACCAUUAUUUCGAGCAUUGAAGGUCAGUCCUGCAAGCCUAGUGGCAAGUUAAAGGGUAAAAAACGCCUCCAAAGCAAUGCAACAAGGAGAGCCAAUCCGAGUGCUGUGAAGAAGGCAGUCUUGACACUCAAUAGCUUUGAGAAGAAUGGUGACGGUGGUGGACCAUCAAAAUGUGACAAUAAGUUCCACUCAGAUGACACACCUGUGGUGGCACUGUCCACAGGUUGGUUCAAUAAGCAACAGAGGUGCUUGAAGAACAUUACUAUUUAUGGUAAUGGCUGGAGUGUAAAGGCCAUGGUGGUUGAUGAAUGUGACUCCACGAUGGGGUGUGAUGCAGACCACGAUUACCAGCCUCCAUGUGAUAACAAUAUUGUCGACGCCGCUGAGGCUGUUUGGAAGGCUCUGGGAGUGCCAAAACAUGACCAGGGUGAGUUGGGCAUAUAUUGGUCUGAUCCUUGAUUUCCAUGAGGCUUA